AUGCGACUGUCUUGCAAGCGUGCAGCAGAUGAGCUACUUGUGAUCGACGAUACCUUCUAUGGUUGGGAAGAACAAAAUUCUUGCUGUGGAUGUAUAAGGCUUAACUCUACUAACGUCACGUGUGAAAAUGCCGACAACAGGGAAAACUACAUCACACUAUCCACUGUAAGGUUUCGAUGCCAGGGGUUACAGCAAUGUGACAUUCCAAUAGAAAAGGACACCUUUGGUGAUCCCUGUCCGGACAAGAGGACGUACCUGGAGGUAACGUACCACUGUGAAGAAAAGAAAGAGAGCGUCACCUUUGGAGGGGCAGGAAAAGAACUAGGCCAGUUUCAGACUGUGGCUGGUCUGACCGUGUCCUCCACUAACGAGAUAUUUGUGGCUGACCAGCGCAACGAACGAAUCCAAGUCUUUAGCAUGAACGGAUCAUUCCUUCGCAGUUUCCCCACAGGAAGCAUAAAGGCAGUCGACAUAACCAUGGGUCGUAACGACACCCUGUGGGUCGUUUUGUACAGAGGUCGCAGCCAUAAAAACUCCCUUCACCAAAAUGCCAUCCAUCAGUACAGUGAAGAUGGCGAUGUUCUUGCCAAUUUUAAUUGCAGCACCAAAAGUAGACUCCAUGGGAUUGCCUGGCACCAGCUUUCUGACAGAAUCAUACUGACAAUGGAAUGGGGCGCAGAUGCUGUGUGGUUUAGCCCUUCUUACACACUGACACAAGCGGCAUCAACGUGUAACAUGACCAGGUUUGCGUCGACAGGAGGAGGACAGUUACUACAGUUUGUCACCGUGGACAGGGAAGGGGACAUCUUAUUCACGGACUGGUACAACUCUCGUGUUCUAAAGUACGACAAGAACGGUGUCUAUCUUUCUAGUUUUGGCAGUUUUGGCAGUGGAGCAGGGAAACUUUACAAUCCCUCAGGAAUCUGUGUGGACGGUUUAGGGCGUGUGAUUAUGGCUGAUACUGGGAACAGCCGUAUGGAGAUGUUUACAGCUGAGGGAAAACAUAUCCGCACCGUCGCGUAUAUACAUAAACCCAAGCAUGUUGCUAUAGGUGGGGAGGGGCAGCUUGUGGUGUCAAAUCAGGAUCACCUUGUAACCAUCUUGCUAAAAUAUUAG